AUGAGUGAGACCGCAAACAUCCGUGACACUUGUGCGAGUGAGACUGUGGACGCCUGUGACGCUCACGCAAGCGGGGCUGUGAACACCCCUGAUGUUCACGGCAAUGCAUUGGCCAGCCAUUCAUGCGGCCUAGUGGCCAAUAGCCCGGGCCCAAAAUCUAUCCUGAUUGACCAUGGAAUUCGACGUCUUACUUUCCUGGUGGCCCAAAAGGAAGCCUCGUUUGAAUACCUACAGAAUGAGGGGGAGCGCUUGCUUUUGGAAGCCAUGGAUGAGCUGGAAGUGGCUUUCAACAACACAAAUGUGCGCACCGACUGCAACCACAUAUUCCUCAACUUCGUCCCUACAGUUAUUAUGGACCCUUCAAAGAUCGAGGAGUCUGUCCGGAGCAUGGUUAUGCGCUACGGGAGCCGUCUGUGGAAACUUCGAGUCUUGCAAGCUGAGCUGAAGAUUAACAUUCAGCUCGCACCCAGCGGCAAGGCUAUUCCGAUCCGGCUGUUCUUGACCAACGAGUCUGGCUAUUACCUGGACAUAAGCCUGUAUAAAGAAGUGACGGACUCCAGAACUGCNUCGAGGACUGAGCUGAAGAUUAACAUUCAGCUCGCACCCAGCGGCAAGGCUAUUCCGAUCCGGCUGUUCUUGACCAACGAGUCUGGCUAUUACCUGGACAUAAGCCUGUAUAAAGAAGUGACGGACUCCAGAACUGCGCAAAUUAUGUUCCAGGCUUAUGGCGAUAAGCAAGGGCCCCUACAUGGGAUGCUGAUCAAUACUCCUUAUGUGACGAAGGACUUACUCCAGUCGAAGAGAUUCCAGGCCCAGUCCCUGGGGACGACCUACGUGUAUGAUAUUCCUGAAAUGUUUCGACAGGCUCUGAUCAAAUUAUGGGACUUUAUGAAGGAGUUUGCGAUUCUCCCUGUUCCUCCUCUGCCUUCUGACUUGCUGACGUAUACAGAGCUGGUCCUGGAUGAUCAAGGCCAGUUGGUACAGAUGAAUAGGCUUCCUGGAGGGAAUGAGAUUGGAAUGGUGGCUUGGCGCAUGACUCUCAAGUCUCCUGAGUAUCCAGAUGGCCGAGACGUCGUCGUCAUUAGCAAUGACAUCACAUAUAAGAUCGGGUCUUUCGGCCCCCAAGAGGACUUGCUUUUUCUCAGAGCCUCAGAGCUGGCUCGGGUGCAAGGUAUCCCCCGGGUUUAUGUCGCUGCCAACAGCGGGGCCAGGAUUGGCUUGGCUGAAGAAAUUCGUCACAUGUUCCAUGUCGCAUGGGAAGAUCCAGCUGACCCCUAUAAGGGAUUCAAGUAUCUGUACCUAACUCCUCAAGAUUACAAGAAAGUUAGUGCCUUGAACUCAGUACAUUGCGAACAUGUGGAAGAUGGAGGAGAAUCAAGGUAUGUCUGUUUAAAGUCCUCAGAAGAACUCUAA